AUGAAAACUUCUAAAAACAAAAAAGGUUUCUUUGCUCUAAAACUUGACCUGUCCAAGGCAUUCGAUAGUGUCGAAUGGGCUUUUGUUGAGAAAAAUUUCUUUGCCUUUGGUUUCAAUAAAGACUGGUGUAGACUCAUUAUGCAAUGUGUGACUACUACUUCUUUCUCCGUUCUUCUUAAUGGAAUUCCUGGUGAAACUUUCACUGUUGAUAGAGGUCUCCGUCAGGGAGACCCCUUAUCUCCGUAUCUGUUUAUAGUGUGUAUGGAAUUCCUUUCUAGACUCUUAGUUAAAGCUGAAAAAGACAAUAAAAUUACUGGGAUUAAAGUCUCUAAAUCUGCUCCCCCUAUUUCUCACUUAUUCUUUGUUGAUGAAUGUUUCCCAUUUUCAAAAGCAGGAAUACAUGAAGCAAGAAACAUAAUGGAUAUUAUUAACAUUGUCGGUGAGAUCUCUGGACAGAUGCAAUGUCUAGCUUUUCCCAAAACCACUCUGGACAAUGUUGAGAAAAUGCAAAGGGAACUAUGGUGGAACAAGAAGGAUGAUGCUAAAGGAAUUUACACUAAAUCCUGGAAAGACAUUGCUAAAAUAGUUUUCAUUCUUUGGUCCAUCUGGAACCACGGAAAUGAUGUCGUUUUUAACUAUAUUACGCCAGAUCUUGUUCAAUUGGUUUCUCGCAUCCAAAAAGAUUUUGUAAGCAUUCCUAGAACUAAACCAGCUAAGGUGACUAAGACCUUUCAGCAAAAUUUGAGCAUGAUGGAAGAAGAUAGUUUUGAAUGGGUUGUGAAAUUUGAUGCAUCUUUUAAAGUUGAUGAUUUCUCAAUGGGGUUUGUUGUUUCAAUCAACAAUGUUUCAGGAAGCUAUAGUGAGCACAGAGCAGGGUCAGGAUGGGCAUCCAACCCCUUAGAUGCUGAAGCAAAGGCGUUUCUUCAUGCUCUUCAAUGGGUGAAAGAUAUGAAGAUCGAAUCAUACUUUUUCUUAAAUGAUUGCAAAAACUUAUGA